AUAUAUAGUUUCUCUCCUGCCACUUUUGCGAGCUUACCCUCAGCACGCCGCCGCUACAGCCCGCACCUCGUUUCCUCUCCCGUCUCCGAGAUGACGAAGCGAACCAAGAAGGCCGGAAUUGUUGGCAAAUAUGGAACCAGGUAUGGUGCUAGCUUGCGUAAGCAAAUCAAGAAGAUGGAGGUAUCUCAGCACUCCAAGUAUUUCUGUGAGUUCUGUGGGAAGUUUGCUGUGAAGAGGAAAGCGGUUGGGAUUUGGGGAUGCAAGGACUGUGGGAAGGUCAAGGCCGGUGGUGCUUACACCAUGAACACUGCUAGUGCGGUCACUGUCAGGAGCACGAUCCGUCGCUUGAGGGAGCAGACUGAAGCAUGAUCGGUCGCUUGUCAGGCAUACUGGGGUCCACUAUAUUGGCUGUGUAGCCGAGACAGUACUCCAGCAUUUUUGGGUUAUGCUCUAGGAUCUCUAAAGGUUGGGUGCUAAGAUUUCUACUUGUUUACCGUUGUGAAUUUCACAAGUGAUAUCUGAUCCUAUUACUAUCAUGAUGACGUCAAAUUUGCUUCUGGUUUCUACC